AUGGACUCCAACGCCACAUCCGCUCCUCAAGUGCCCCAUGAAGAAAUCCGGUUCGCCAUCCGCGAAAACUUCCCGUCGAUUUUCGAACCUUCUCACGCUCUAGGUGAUACUUUGAACUCGAUAAGGACAAAGAUCAACACGCUCAACGAAAUAGCUAACAGCACGAUUGGCGAUACCAGAGGCCAGGAGAUGACAGAUGCAAUAGAUGGGCUCCUUGAUGAUAGUGCUGAGGUGGAAGAGCAGUUCAAGGUUUGGCACGAGAAGCUCAACGUUGCUUAUACUCCAGGAAUCAUAGAGUUGACAUGGCUGAGCCAUCGUCUCACAAGCAUUGCGGUCAAGCAAGCCCAAACAUCGGCUAUGCAGCUUCCCGAUAUCCUCACUGUAGCUCCACCUUUCUCAUAA